AUUUACAAUCUGUGAUCUACCAUAUUCAAUGUACAUAAUACAAACAUAAUCCCAUCUACAUGCGAAUCAAGACAUAGAUGCAAUCUAUCGGUAUGUUAUUGAGAAGAGAGCGAGAUGUGCAGCUGAAAGCUCACAGGUGGGUACCGAAGAAUUCCAGCACCAGUAAACGCAUUAGUAUGAUUUGAGUACUUGUCUCAGAAACAGUUAAGUUUCGCUGGCAGCAGCGAAGAAAGAAGAGUUUUUUGUUAUCUCAAUGCAAUUGUGUGUUCCCGUUUUCUGCGCAACUUAGCGCAUUUUAGAGGAAGAAGAUACAACAUCAGCACAAAAAAAGGAAGAAAAAGAGACAAUUUGUGCUCAAUUAUGUGAUUAAAUACAAUUUUCCUCAAGAGCAAUAAACAUUCUCUCUUUCUGCAAAAAAUAAACACCAAUUCAGUGAUUUAAAGUGACUUGAGGAGGAUUUUAGUGAUCAAAAGAAGAAAAUUAAAUUAAUAACUUUUCAAUAUUUCCCACUCUCUUUUCCCAACAAUGAAUACCAAAUUGUUGAAUUUUGUGAUUUGGGGCCUCUUCGUGGUGAUUAAUUUUGACUUAACUUGUUCUGAAGACUCAACAGCGAGAUCCAUCAAUUUAUCCAUGGCCUGGCGUCCUGUUCAUUUCCCCAUUCAAGCUGUUCAGGCGGCCGUUCAACCCGUCCAAGCUGUUCCGAAUCUUCAGGCAGCCCAAUCUGUCCAUAAGCCACAGGCAACGCAAUUUAUUUCCAUACCAACCCUCGCAAAAGCCAAUACAGCGCAAUUACUGCAAAUCGCUCACUACAACGCCCAGCUACUCAAUGCCAAAAUGAAGGAUCUUCAGGCGCAGUACAGCCAAAAUAGGAAUCCCUACUCCAUUUUUGGCGCAAAUGCAUCUAGUCCUAAAUUACGUGCGGCAAUCUUCAAUGAUAUCCCCCUGAAGACAUUUACACCCAAGUACACGGUCACCACAUCCGGUCUCACCCCCGUGUCGUCCUACUUCAACAACAAACCCGUCUAUCUCAGUGAGAUCGACCACCAUCUACCCAUUGUGCACCCAUCAACACCCAAAGUUCCCAAUGUGGUCCCAUCUGUCGCAAUGAGUCCCACAAUCACCCACUACAGCUACAUUCCUCUGCUUUCUGCAAGUCCGAGUUCAUUGAUAUUCAGAGAUACACCUGUAGUGAUGCCGGCAGCACAAGCGGCAACAUUUCAAGGCAAAACAACACUGAAACCCCAUCCUGUCCUCAAUAAGCUCCAAGCUCAUCUUGCACUUGCAACGAAUCAUAAGCAACCAUAUGGAGCCUAUUCGAAUAUCCUCGAGAAGCUCACAGUGCCCAUUUUAACGCCGAACGUCUACAAGAAUCACAUUGUGGCCUCAAAUUUCGUCAAGCAUACGAAAAAUGUGCCUCCAGUGUCGAAGAUAAUCAACAAUGUGGCCCCAAAGAAGCCAUAUCAGGAGCAGAAACAUCAGCAGCAGCAGCAGCAGCAAAAGCUCAGCCCUAGUGAAGUUCCACCGCGUGGUGAUGUAAAGUUUGAGAAGGAAAAUAAGACUAAAGGUCACAUCUUCGAAGAUGGACCUUUUACGCCAAUUCUGAGGGAGAAUGCCGUCAUUAAGGACACCAAACCAACACUAAAGUCCACAGAUGUUCUCAAUGAACUCAAUCGGCAUCGGAAUAUCAUUCAAAUCAUGGAGGGUUUACCGCAAAUUCCCUCAAGUGUGUCAUCCGUUGAUAUAAGUGGAGAACAAAACUUCCGACCAAUUGAACUUUUGAAGAAAUACAACAUUUCAAAGUCACCCCUUCAGGAUCUCACGCGAUUCUCCUUCCAGCCGAGUAAUUUUAUGGAUUUCACAACACCAUCCCGGAAGUAUCCGCUCCUACCAACAGUUCCCACGACAAUGAUGUCAUCUGCACAGAAACUCUCCCCGACACACUUUAAAUUCAACGAAAUAAAGGAUCCAUCGGGAACAUCUUUCCCCCCGAUGAUACCUUUCCUACCAACCCCAACUAGCUAUGGUAGCAUCCAUCUGCGGAAGCCUCAAUUUAGUGGGAGUCAUACAUUCUUCACAAUUGAAGAUGCCGUCACGGGGACUACGCCAACGCGCAACACGCUCGAUUUUAAGGAUCUCUUUGACACAACAACUGAACUCAUAAAGCCUGUUAUUGAAGACACCGUUGACGUGACUACAAUUGCCCCGGAGCCCCAUACUCAUUUCUACAAAUACAUCAAAUACCCAUCAUCAUCAUCCACAAUCACCGUUUACGAAGCAACAACACCCCGAUCGAAGCUAAAGCCUCGCCGUAGGAAGCCCGGCGGCAAUCGCUUCAAGAGCACCUUCAACGAUCCAAAUUGGAAUGAAAAAUUCGCAAAAGAAUCAACUAAAGAGUCCGUAAAAAUUGAAAAGAACGUCACCACGGAGGCUAAUGAAAUUGUAUCAACAACCAAACAUUCUGCACGUUUCCGGCAGAGACCUAAAGUUGAUUCAACGACAACAACAACUGCAGAACCCACGGAAAUUCCCACAACAGUUGUCACGGAGAUUCUGGAUCAAGUUUCCCCCACAACGGUGCGCUCAUCAACGGAAGAUGCCAUCAAUAGCACAACAACAACAACGACGAUAUCAACAACGUCAGCUGCAACACAGAGUGCAUCAACACUCAAACCAAUUGCCAAAUACAAUUCAAUCAGUAGACCGAGAUUGAGUUUGAAGAACAGCAGCUACUAUCUUAGCAACUUAUCAACAUCAACAACAACAAAUCAACCUUCGGAAAUUGCAACAACACCCAAAUUUACGCGAAAGAGGCUCCCAACACGACCAUCUACAACGACAACAGAGGCGAGUGAGGAGAAAACUUCAUCAACUGAAUCCAGCACAACAACAACCGUGUCAACGACAAAGAGAUUCCAUCCAACAAGAAACAACAACUUUACUCGAUCAUCAUUCACGAAACCCACAACUGAAGGUUCCGUUUCUCGUGGACCAUCAACGGCAUAUCCAACACGUCGCGGAGCAAGUCGUCUUGAUUUUCGGCAUCAGAGACCAUCAACAUCAACCUCAUCGACAACAGAGGCAGAAACAUUGACGCGAUCAAAUACAAAUCGUCGCUUCCAGAGUACUCAAGAGAAGGCAGGUAGUACGAAGCAGAGACAUCGUGUUGAUGAACCAACAUCGCCUGAAAACAUCAAAAUUGACACAACAACUGAGCACAAACUCGAGACGUCAAUUAUGAAAAUUGCAAAAAACGACCACUCAUACCGUCCGUAUGCCCAUCAAACGACCAAGACAACUGAAUCCAUGCUCAACUCCAAUCUCAUCAACGAAAUCUCAACCGAGAAGACAGCCAAGAGUGUGAAUAGCAACAACAAGAAUCGACGAAUACCGGAAUACUUUACGAUCGCCACAGACGACCCCAUUCUACCCAUUGAGGCAUUCUUUCCCAAAUUUGACUGAUUUUAUGCAAUAACAACAACAACAAUAAAAAAAGAACUAGCGCAAAUUUAAUUUCCCAUGUUGUAAAAAAAAAUCUUAUCUUGUCUCUAUAAACAAAGAGAAUUCGCAUCUCAAAUUAUUUUGUUGAAUGAAAAGUAAUAAUGAAAAAAAAGGAAAGACAAGAAUAUUAAAAAAAAAAAAGAAGAAAUAAUUAUGAAGAAAAAAAAAGAAAUUAAUCUUA